UCAUCAUUGACACUCUCCAGGCAGUUGUUUAAAAGAUGGCAAGAGCUGCCCAUCGAGAGCAACUAGAGAUUACUAUGGAUUAUGCAAAUCUGCCUGAUGUGUCAGCCAGAAGUCGCUCUAAUAAACACAGUCAAGGGGCUCCUGCUGCACCAGGGAGAAAACUAUUCAGACUGGUUGCUGUUAGCUUUGGACUCCUGUGUAUCCUCCAAGCUGCCGUCAACAUCUCCCUGCGUCUUGCUUUCUACAAUAACACAUCAUGUAUUAAGACAGAGGAGGCAGAAGAGCUGAAAAACCUCACUGAUCAAUAUUUUCAACCAGGAUGGGUCUAUUCCCGCCCAAGUUUUUAUUAUAUUUCUUCUGUUGCGAAAUCCUGGAAAGACAGUAGAGAGGACUGUUUACAAAGAGGUGCAGACCUGGCAAUUAUCAACACCAAAGAAGAGCAGGACUUUACAAGAAACUUUAAAAAACUCAUGUGGAUUGGACUAACUAAGACAGCCAUGAAAGGGACAUGGAACUGGGUGGAUGGGACUCCACUGAGCAAAAGUUACUGGGGGCCUGAUGAACCCAAUAGUUUUGAAGGAAAAGAUGAAAACUGUGUUGAAAUAAAUUUUUAUGAUUUCGAAAACAGCUGGAAUGACAUACCAUGUGAAAAUCCAAACUUCUGGAUCUGUGAAAAGAAACUGGCUUCUUAAGUAAGCCAGUAACAUCGUGCAAGUACACUUCCUCAUCUGAGGGCUUAAAAUCACAUUUCAUGUACAAAUGCCUGAAAGCUGUCUCACAAUCCUUUGACUGCAUAUGUCAGCAGUGAUAUUGCAUAUGUGCAUAUGAAUAUGUGAUAUUGAUGAGAUGUUUUGCUGUUUUUCUCACACACAAGUUGUCAAGUGCAGGAAGUUUGAUCACACAGUUCAACAUCUUAAAUGACUAAAAUAACUAAGGACUAAGUCUGGUUGGUAUGUUUAAUUGUCUGCCAUUUCUCUUUUUACAUGUUGAAUUUUCUUUGCUGCAUAAAAAGGACGUCUUUGACAGCACUCUAACAAAUACUCAGAACAAG